UGCACAGGAAACCUCCAGACGGACAUGAGUGAAAAAUGGGAAGGCGAUAAAGUGGAUCGAGCUGAAGUGUCCCUGCUCAGCAAAAUUAUCAGCCGAACUCUAGUUCGGAGCAGAUACGAGGUGGAGGUCCUGCAGCGGGACCCCACUUCCCCGCUUUUCUCCGUCAAGACCUUCGAGGAGCUGCGCCUGAAACCUGAGCUGUUGAAGGGGGUCUACAGCAUGGGCUUCAACAGGCCUUCCGUGAUACAGGAGAAGGCUCUACCUAUGAUGCUGGCACAGCCACCUCAGAAUCUGAUUGCCCAGUCACAGUCAGGCACAGGCAAAACUGCAGCCUUUUCUCUGGCCAUGCUUAGCCAUGUGAAGGUUGACCAAAAGUGGACUCAGGCUCUUUGUAUCGCACCCACAUAUGAGCUUGCCCUGCAGAUCGGUCAGGUGAUGGAGCAGAUGGGCAAAUUCUGCCCUGACAUCAAACUGGCUUACGCCAUUAGAGGUUGCAAUGCGGAGCGAGCCAGCCAGUUGCAGGAGCAGAUUGUCGUGGGAACGCCGGGCACCAUCCUGGAUUGGUGCAACAAGUAUAAAGUCAUUGAACCCAAAAAAAUAACCAUGUUUGUGCUGGAUGAGGCAGACGUCAUGAUCGCCACUCAAGGUCAUCGUGACCAGAGCAUCCGCGUCCACAGGCAGCUACCAAAAGACUGCCAGAUGCUCUUCCUCUCUGCGACUUUUGAGGAGGAGGUGUGGAGGUUUGCCGAAUUGAUCGUUCCCGAGCCCAACAUCAUUCGACUGCGACGUGAGGAGGAGACUCUGGACACCAUCAAGCAGUUUUAUGUCCUCUGCGGGAACAAGGAGGACAAAUUCACUAUUCUGUGUGACCUCUAUGCGACUAUGACUGUAGCGCAGGCCAUGAUCUUCUGCCACACUCGUAAAACGGCGUCUUGGCUGUCUGCAAAACUGACCAAUGAAGGCCACAGUGUGGCGCUGCUGAGUGGGGAAUUAACCGUGAUCCAGAGAGCGAGCAUCAUUAAACGCUUUCGAGAUGGCAAAGAGAAGGUUCUUGUCACCACAAACGUUUGUUCCAGGGGCAUUGAUGUGGAACAGGUCUCAUUGGUGGUCAACUUUGACCUCCCCGUGGACAUGGCCGGAAACGCAGAUUACGAGACGUACCUUCACCGGAUUGGCCGCACGGGACGUUUUGGAAGGCGCGGCUUUGCCAUUAACAUGGUGGACAGUGAAUCCGGCAUGGAUGUCAUCAGACAAAUUGAGAUGCAUUUUGACAGGAAUAUCCUCAAACUUGACACACGGAAUGUUGAGGAAAUAGAAAAGCAGUUGAACUGAACACUCAACUGCUGUUGUUACGUCCCAGCGACUGAUCUGCCCAGUGCCGCUUUAUUGUUUACAAGGUGUUGACUAUGCAGAAAGUUUUGUUUGAGCUGCACUUUUGAUUCAUUCAGAGUAGCAAACUGCUACGCCGGGCUUUUCAAGCCGAGUGUGCUUUAUUUUGUUCUUCUUCGUUUGCUGUGUUUUAUUUUAUUUGUUGUUUGAACGUUUGCAUGGCGUUUUGAAUAUUCUAGUGUAGUGAUAAAUCUAUUUUGAUAAAUAUAUCAAACGUUGCCUUUAAACUGUGUUGUGGUUCCUUAUGUCGAAACUAUUUCAACCAUCAGUUGAAGGAUGAUGAGUAUCUGCAGUCUCGAAUAAAAUAUUCUGUUACCAUGAAUCAACCGUACUAUAUUCACAAGAGUCACUUUCACGCCACCUUCCCUGCAAAUGGGCCAUGAAGAUUUAUUUUUGGCAUUAAUACACCUCUGAAGUCACAGUAAACUUGAACUGCCAUCAUGCAACACGUCAGUAUGCCUUACAAGAGGAGUUGCAAUUGCAUCUCCAAAGAUUAGAAUAUCAUGAAUAUGUCCAGUUCAAAGUUCAUAUUCAGAGGUUCACUAUACAAUGGCUAAACUGCUGCAUUAAAAUGUGAAGGCAACAAUGGCA